CGUAAUGAGGUUUGUCUUCAUUCAGUGGUAUCUUUGAUUAAACCAUCAAGCCACCUGGUUCCAAUCGAUCUGUAGUGCUGCUGGCUUUGCUGAAGAGAAGAGGGGUCUGGUCCAUCACUUAUUAGUUUGCUUUUUAUUCGCGAAGCAGCUCAAAUGCGCGGAAUGAAUAUUUGACCGCUCAUCACUUUUAAUGAGGACAUAUUUGGCCGUCUGUAUCUUCAUGUGCGGGUUCACCUCCGCUGAUUCACUAAUCGGAAGGUGUCUUGGACCAACUUCUGCAGCUCUAAAGGAUCAGCGCGUUAAAACCAAGAUUGAGUGGGCUGUUUGGAUUGCAACAGGUUUCCAUCACAAUGCAUACGGGCACUCCAACAUCUCAAUCCUUGCUCUUAACCUGAGGUUUUUCUUCUUGAUCUACAAAGUUAUUCAUUUUUUUGCAUCGUUCAAGCUUCUGGACGGGCAGGGUUUUGAGAUCUUUGACCACCAGAUGUUGGAGUGUGUAGGGUGAACAAUUUGUGAAACUUCGGCGCUCAGCAUGUCGUUUGAUCUCAUCGUUCAACUCUAUUAAGGAGAAAUAAUCCAUAAAUCUUGAAAAAUGGCUCUAACUUGACGAUGUAUACCACACCUCAGCCCCACAAAAAAGAAUUGUCAUACACUAAAAGCACAAGGCUCUCGUACUGUCGAGCCCAUGUCAACAAGCUAAUUCUCAAGAUGUUUCAUUCAUGCACAAUGGAUGAGGAUGGAAUUUCUGUUUCAAUGUGUGGAUUAUGACCUAGAAACUUGACCCAUGCAAUGUACACAACUCAACUACCAUCACAUCUUUGAAAGCUGAGUCGGUUUCUAGAGUACGAUCUCUCCCUAAAUGGUUCACUUAUUCAAGCCUUUCAAGUGUGGACUAUUUUGGUGGGUUAACUCAUUAUUGUCUUUUCUUCAACAUUGAAAAGACGCUCUGUUUGUUCAUCCAGAAUUGUUUCUGGUUUGAGUGGGGAUUGUUGAAAUUUUGUUAAAUUAUACACACGUACAAAUAUAAACCCAAUUUUCCA